AUGGCUGUGCAAUGUCUCCGUACAAAUGAAGCUGAUAUGGCUGUAUGUGGUGGUGUUAAUGGAUUCUUACACCAGAAAGUUUUCUACAACAUUCAUUUAUUGGUGCACAAUCACCUGGUGGAAGAAGUCGAUCAUUUAGUGUUGAUGCUAAUAGUUAUGCCACAGGUAAAGAAUUCAGUUGAUUAGUCUUUUUUUUAUUUAGAAAUACAUUUCAAUUUAAAUAUUGUGUCUAGAU